AGUCGCUAAAAUUCCUAUAUAAGCUAGGUUUUCUUCUGAAGCAAGAACUAUUCCUUCUUUUCGAGAACGCUGUGUUCUUCCUAAUUGUAAAUGUUACAAAUUUGAUCGUGCAUAAUAUUGUAUAUUGUGGAUGAUACGCAGGUCAGUUUAAUGAGACAUGGUAAAUUGUUAGCUGAAUCGGCGCCGCAGAAAUUACUGGAGAAAUUUCAAUCCUCGUCAUUGGAUGAAAUUUUCCUGAAAUUGUGCGAGGCACAGAAUAAUGCAGUCACUUUAAUUGAAGAUCAGGGAUCCAAUAUGGAAGACACUGGUGGCGAUGCCUUCAAUCACGAUCGAAACAAAUAUGAACAACUACAAGGAAACAAAACGGUUUCGAAAAGACAAGUUUCACGAUUAAGAAGGUUCAAAGCUCUAUUGGUGAAGAACAGCCUCCAAUUUACCCGUGAUUACUCAAUAAUAAUUAUUACGGUAUUACUACCGAUGUUACUAUGGGCUUCAGUACUUUUGGCAAUUGAUGAUCCAAAGAACUUGAAUAUCGGGAUUGUUAACGAUGAAGCUGGCAAUUGCGACAGCAGCAACUUUGGCAAUAUUUGGAAUGAUGAAAUCAGCUGCCACUUCAGCAACCUCAGUUGUAGAUUCCUGAACAAUUUGGACUCCAUUGUGACACAGAAGUACUAUAACAAUAUUUCAGAGGCGAAAUAUGAUGUUCAAAGAGGAGAACUUCAUGGUAUAAUAUAUUUUCAUCAUAAUUUUUCUGAAGCUUUAAAAAUACGAGUGGAACAUGAUACUUUGGCGAAGGAUUCCGAUCUUCUUGCUAGUCAGAUUCAAGUUUUCCAUGAUAUGAGCGAAGCACCAAUUGGAGGUUUUCUACUGAAGAAGCUAUAUGAAUGGUUUUUAGAGGUUAUUGAGGCUAUUAUGAGGGACUGCAAAUAUAUACCAAGAUUAGCCACUCCUCCGAUUCGAUUUGAAGAUCCUAUAUAUGGUACUACUGAUUUAAAGUAUAUAGACUUCGUGAUACCAUCAAUUCUAUCAGUAGCAGCCUUCACUUUGGGCAAUACAGUCUCUUCCUUCUUGAUAAUCAUAGAUCGAGUGGAGGGUGUCUGGAAUCGAAGCUUAGUCCAAGGGGCUAAAGCAAAAGAAAUUCUGCUGUCUCACAUUGUUGUUGAGAGUAUCAUCACAAUUAUCCAGCCCAUUAUGGUAAUUCUCAUAGUCUUCCCUGUAUGGGGUUUGAAAUGUAAAGGAUCGAUAUUGGUUAUAAUCUUCCUUCUCUUUCUCAUCACGUUUUGUGGAAUGAUGUCUGGUUUUGUCAUAUCUACCUUUUGCACAACUGUUUUGCCGGCCGUAUUCUUGUCAAUGGGAAAUUUCAUAAUAACAACACUAAUAACUGGAUGUUAUUGGCCAACACAGGGAAUGCCGACAUGGCUUGACUGGAUUAGCUACAUAUGGCCAACUACAUUGCCCUCCCAAUCUUUCAGGGGAAUCAUUUACAAAAAUUCUUCUAUUUCUGAUUCGGAAGUUUAUAUUGGUUUUAUAACAACAUUAGGGUGGACAGUGCUGUUCUUUGUCGUAACUAUAUUUGGUAUGAAAUUGAAAUUGUAGUGUUAUUAGAGGUUUUUGUCUACAUUAUAUAAAUACAGUCUUGCAUUGUCUACAAACUGCAGUAAAUAAAUGUGCAGAGCGAGCCUUUAAAAGUCUUAUUGAUUUAUGUGUUUAAGGAAAUAUAUAAUUAUUCGUAUUGUUGCCAGUAUAUAAUUAGCAAAUGUAGAGAUCAUUAUUAGACGACUCAAGUGGCAAACAGCGUGAAGUAUUUAUUUCAUAGGUUACAUCCAACAUUUUUACCAUCCGGAUUGUAGUCAGACGUGCGUUGUAACACGAAUCUUGGUGACAGGUGCCUUAACGCGCGCGCGAAAUACAUGUGUUUAAUUUUAUAGUUAAAUUUUGUUUGAUACAUCCUGACUUCUGGUAUUUUAAAUCCUUGAAAAUGAACGCAAUCCGGUGAUCGAAACGUUGGAUGUAAGCUAUUAAAGAAAUAAUUUACACCAUCUGCCACUUGGGUAGUUGUCGUCUAAUAAUCCUCUCCCCUAAACUUUAUAAUUAUUUUCUCCGUUUAAAUAUUUCUCCGUGUGUGAGAUAUUGUUUGCUUCAAACGAAUAAAAAUUCAUGAACUGAA